AUGUUUUCUAAUAAUAUUCAAUAAUUUAUGUAAGAACUAUAAAAAAACAAAGAAGUAUCUAAAAAAGAAUUUGAUGAUAUAAAAUACAUAGAAAAUAAAAAAAUAUAACCAUUGAAAACAGAAGACAUUGAAAAAUAUCUACCAAAGUUAAAAACUAAAGAGGAGUUAUAUUAAGAUUUAAAAUUGAAACAAAAAUUAAAUUGGAAAAGUCCAGGCUAUACAAACUCUGACUUCAAUAAAAUACCUAUUUUACGAGCUAAUUUAUUAAGAAAUUAGGAUUUUGAUCGUAUGUAUAUGUCAGAAAGGUCGUAUAAAUUUCCAAUAAAUUAUAAAGGAAUAAAAAUUCCAACUUGUGCUAAAGAAUUUGGAGACACAGAUUUAAAUUUAUUACCAGAAUAAUUUUAAGAAUAUUUAAAAUAAAAUUCAAUAAAAAAAGUAGAUUGGAGAUUUAGGCCUUCAAAAUAUGGAAAAAUUUCAUUAGAUUAUAAUUAUUUCGUCUUUAUAUGA